AUGCCGCUUGAGGACACCCUCAGGUAUCAAAUCCAGGUCCAAAGAGAAUUGUGUGAACAACUUGAGGUGCAGAAGAAGCUGCAGAUGCGAAUAGAGGCUCAAGUGAGAUAUUUAAAGGAAAUACUAGAGAAAGCUCAAGAAAACAUUUCCUUUGAUGCAAAUGGAUCUGCUGGCCUAGAAAAUGCUAGAUCACAGCUUACAGACUUUAACCUAGCCCUUCCGGGCUUGUCAGACAAUGGAACACAUGUGUAUGAAGAAAGCACUGAACAGCCGGUGAAAGCUAUAUCUGAUGACAAUCUUCAUGAUAAUAAUUUGGAUUUUCAGCUCUACCGUGUACGAAGUCAGGAGGCGAAGAAUGCCAAAUGCACCCUGAAAAUUGAGGACCUGCUCUUAUUAGACUUGAAUAUUAAAGGAGGAUAUGACCUGUCUAUGCGAGGAAUGCAAGGGUGA